UAUCUGUAUUAUUAAUUCUACUAAAUAUUUAGAAAAUAGAAUAUACAAAUAAUAUAUAUAACAAUUAAUAUAUAAUAUAACUAAUAUAAUGCCCAAGUCAAAGAACUGUCGUUUCCAAACAGAAUGGCUUUACAAUAAAAAGUAUUCUUCUUGGGUAAAAUUAUGUUUUUCAAAGAAAGCAAGAUGUAAUUGGUGUCAAAAAAUAUUAAUAUUUCUAACAUGGGAGUAUCUGCAUUAAAUUCUCGUUGGUAAAAAGCAUAAAGAGCAUGCAAGAACACAUAAUGCAGCUGAUAUGUUCUUUACUGAUUUUACUACAGAAAUAUCUGGCAAUAACUGCUUUUGUUAACUUACAAGAACAUUUUCCUAAUUCAAAAAAUGUUUUAAAUGACAAACUGGCACAACCUACUAUAGAGGAUCUUCAAUCUCCAGCCCUGGUUACUAAGGCUGAAAUAAUAAGGAACUUGAAUGUUGUAAUGUCACAUUUUUCGUUAAGAUUGUGCUUAAAUUUAAAUGAAAUGUUUAAAUCUAUUUUCUCUGAUAGUACAAUAGCAUCAAAGUUUGCAUUAAGCAAAACAAAAUGUGGCUACCUCAUAAAUUUUGGUUUAGCACCAUACUAUCGAGAGCAACUUAUAUCUGCAAUCAGAGCAUCACUCAUCUUUGUUUUGUCAUAUGAUGAGAGUAUGAAUGUAAUCUUUAAAAAUGAACAAAUGGACUGUGGAGUUAGAUACUGGGGUUCAAAUUCUGGUGUUGUAAAAGCUAGAUAUAUUGAUUCUUAGUUUCUCAGACGCCCUAAUUCACAGAAUUUAUUUGACAAACUCAUUGAAGCAACAAAGAUCUUGGAAAACUAGCUUAAGUAUCAAUGGAUGGUCCUAAUGUUAAUCGGGAGGUUCUAAAAAUGUUAGAUAAACAUAGACAGGAAAAAUGAUAUUAUGGUAUAGUUAAUAUGGGCAGUUGCAGUUUGCACAUUGAUCAUGGUGCUCUACAGACAGCAAUAAAUUCCCAAAAGUGGGAGUUAGAAAAAAAAAUUUGUGCAAUGUAUAAUCUUUUCAAAGAGUCACCAGC